UUGUCCACUACGUGUAUAGUUUAUGAACUAUUAGCGCUUGUAUAUAGAGCCUUACGCAGUCUAACAAUAAAGUUUGUACACCAAUGUGCAGUCUGUCCACAGCACAUCAUGAGAAAACGGGUAAAUGGGUUACUGUGGGCAGUCCUCGCAGUUCUUUGGUUUCUUUUCACGACUGUGUUACUCUUUGGAAUACUGUCCAACAUAGUCAACCAAGAUAGACAGGAGGAGGAUCGGAAGGAGGAGACAAACGUCAGGCGGAACCUUCCUCAGACGAGGAUUUCCACCACCACCAAACGGAUGAUCGAGUCACUGUUGGAAGAGAAAACUGCAAGAGCAUAUAAGUUUACUAGAUAUUCACUUGAUGUUCAAAAGUCGCGCAGGCUUGAUGCACAUUUACGUAAAAUGUUGAAAACACACAAACGACCUAAAGAUAGUUAUUACAGUUUCAAUGUCACAAGAAGUGAAACGCUCUCAGUCACGCGAGAUGUGAUAGACGAGAGACCAGAUGAGUGCAAGAAAAGGAUGUUCAACUACUCGGCACUACCAACUCUAUCGGUUGUCACUCCGCUCCACAACGAGGCUCUUACGACACUAUUACGUCAUGUUCAUGCCAUUUUAAAUCGGACACCUCCGAAACUUCUCAAGGACAUUAUAUUAGUAGAUGACAACAGCACCUUGUCCUAUCUAGGGUCUGACUUUCAGGAAUAUUUAAAAAUUCUGGAUUCCAAAAUUCAAAUAGUUCGAAAUACACAGCGUGAAGGGUUGAUAUUGUCGAGAUUGAAAGGAGAGGUGAUGACACAAGGGGACGUGGUCGUAUUCAUGGACGCCCACAUGGAGGUGUGUGAGGGUUGGGCGGAGCCUCUCCUGGAGAGGAUAAAGAGCCAGUCUGCAAUUGUAGUGCAACCUGACAUUGCUGCAAUUGACGGUGAUACAUUUAGUCUCUACACAGGGUUCAAGGUCAAAUUCAGAGGAGGAUUUGGAUGGGACACGAGGUACAGCUGGUUACCGCUGCCGACAUACCACAGUCAGUUCCGGAACAGUGAAUGGGAUCCAAUUCCUGUUCCCAUCCUACAAGGUUCCUGCAUCGCAGUCAGCAAGUCGUAUUUCCAUACUGUCGGACGCUUCGAUGACGGCCUUGAGAUCUGGGGAGGAGAACAUUUUGAAUUGUCCUUCAAUGUAUGGAUGACGGGUGGUAGAAUUGAAACCAUGCCCUGUUCAAAGGUGGGUCACAUCUUUAAAAGCAAUAAGUACAGCUUUGGUCAAAAAAAGGAUAAGAAUUAUAUCGUUGCAAAGAAUAAUAUGCGUGUGGCAGAGGUUUGGAUGGAUGAAUAUAAACACAUAGUCCGAGCUGCUGUCAAAGCUUGGCAGAACCCUCUACCCGUGUUCACAGACGCUGAUUGGAAGUCAAUAGGAGAAAGAAAGAAAAUGAGAAGGCGACGUAAAAGUGAAUCGUUUAAUUGGUUCUUGAAGAAUGUCAUACCUGAAUAUAAGAUUCCAUCGAAAGACGAUUCCUUUUUUGGAGAAAUUCAAAACGUGCAGACGAAAAGCUGUUUUUUCGUUUUUGAUGACGACUACAUAGGAAUGACGUCAAAAUGUGAAACAUUUGUUAUUAUUCCUGAAAAUUCAUUUGCCUUUGAUAACUCUGGGAGGUUAAAAUAUGGAGACAAAUGUGUUGGAUACGAUAGAAGAACGUAUUUACUUCUGAUCACUGAAUGUCCGUGUAAACGUGGAGGGAAGGACGGGAUAACAUGGUCCUUCACGAAUGACCAGCUGGUGCUGACGGAGAAGUCGGAAACGUUGUGUGCAACGCAGGCCAACUCGGGCUUCAGCAUUCAUAAUGGAAAGGAAAUUGUUCAGUUACAGGCUUGUGAUAAGAAACGCAAAGUUCAAAAGUGGUCUUUUCAGUUUCAUUUUCUGUACAAAUGAGCAAGGCCAUGAUAUGCCUUAUAAGUGUUCGUAGUCUGACACUAACUUUGCUGGUGCUACAAUACAUGAACAUGAAGUCGUAGAUCAUGCAGUGGGGAAACGGUUACUAGGACCCAAGGUGCAGGUUGCUGUUCAAUCAGUGUAAUAUAAGAAUUAGCAUAGUAAGGGGGUGAUUGACUGUAUCUUCAGAAAUAUGACUGUUGUUUUAGCUAUUCACAGCAAGUGUUGCUUUUGUUUCGCUCCUGAGUGAGGAUGUGAUUGAACUGCAUAGACCAUGUUCAUCUGUUAGGUGAGGAUAUAUCUGUAUGUAGUUUCAAAGUGGAACGUGAAGGUUAACCCAGAAAUUGGUUCGUACAAAACUAGAUUGUGAAUUCUGUAAAGGACCACGAACGAGCAAUGAAUAAUUAACAAAUUGCAUUGAGAAACACAGUUUUAGGUUUACAAUCAAACAAGACAAUACAAAGGGUUAAAUAAGUGGCAACAUCAAUAAGUACAUGAAGUUAACAUGCCUUAGAAUUAAUGUACGAAUGUCCAGAUUUGUUUUACUGUAAAGACAAACCUGUCUCUGUUCUGGCAUCCGUAACAGUGUUGUCGCUCUUACGGAUAGCUUUCCAGAGACUUACCAAUCCCGAAACUUCUCGAACGAUCAAGACUGUCAUUUUUGUCAACAACCAUUAUGUUAUCAUGAUCUGUGUAAUCAACUACCAUGUACAACUGUAGAUAUCGUAGUCUUUCUUCAAAUUACAAACAUAAUACAUGACACGCGCGAUCGCACAUAUGAACUUUAAUUCGCUGUGUAAUUUUUCAAGCGUGCACAAUGUAAUGUCAAAGGAAACAUUCAACCAAACCAAUACUAUUUUGCCUUUUUGUCGAAAGUACCAUGAUACCUAUGCAAUCAAAACACAAUGGUUGUAAUGGGAAUUUUCGUUACAGUAAUGAUACUUUAGAGAUAACAUUUACAUGUUACAAUAGUUAUAGUAUAUAUGACACUUACACGAUAGAUAGAUACGAUUUAUAAGAUAGUUACACAGUGAAUAUACGACUGUUGCAUACUGUAUGUACGAGAGUUAUGACAGUUAUGCUAUGAACACUUGAAUAAACAUGUGAGAAAUACA